AUGUGUUCGGUUAAGGCUCCAGUAACCCCCAUGAGGGCGAUGUCAACUUUGAAUGAAACAACUUUGAGUGAAGCAACUUUGAGUGAAGCAACUUUGAGUGAAGUAACUUUGAGUGAAGCAACUUUGAAUGAAGCAACUUUGAGUGAAGCAACUUUGAGUGAAGCAACUUUGAAUGAAACAACUUUGAGUGAAGCAACUUUGAGUGAAGCAACUUUGAGUGAAGCAACUUUGAGUGAAGCAACUUUGAGUGAAGCAACUUUGAGUGAAGCAACUUUGAGUGAAGCAACUUUGAAUGAAGCAACUUUGAGUGAAGCAACUUUGAGUGAAGCAACUUUGAGUGAAGCAACUUUGAGUGAAGCAACUUUGAGUGAAGCAACUUUGAAUGAAGCAACUUUGAGUGAAGCAACUUUGAGUGAAGCAACUUUGAAUGAAACAACUUUGAGUGAAGCAACUUUGAGUGAAGCAACUUUGAGUGAAGCAACUUUGAAUGAAGCAACUUUGAGUGAAGCAACUUUGAGUGAAGCAACUUUGAAUGAAACAACUUUGAGUGAAGCAACUUUGAGUGAAGCAACUUUGAAUGAAACAACUUUGAAUGAAGCAACUUUGAGUGAAGCAACUUUGAGUGAAGCAACUUUGAGUGAAGCAACUUUGAGUGAAGCAACUUUGAAUGGAGCAACUUUGAGUGAAGCAACUUUGAGUGAACCCUGCAAAAUGAAGUACCUUUUCAGUGAAAUAACCUUGAGGUGCGAGUUCCAUGCUGGGACUGCUUACUCUGGCAGUGGCGUCAGGUGGCCCGUAGCUAGUCCUGGUGACCCUGAUGCUAAGCUUGGUGAUUGUGAUGCUAGGCCUGGUGACCCUGAUGCUAGGCUUGGUGAUUGUGAUGCUAGUCCUGGUGACCCUGAUGCUAGGCUUGGUGAUUGUGAUGCUAGGCUUGGUGACCCUGAUGCUAAGCUUGGUGAUUGUGAUGCUAGGCUUGGUGACCCUGAUGCUAAGCUUGGUGAUUGUGAUGCUAGUCCUGGUGACCCUGAUGCUAGGCUUGGUGAUUGUGAUGCUAGGCUUGGUGAUUGUGAUGCUAGGCUUGGUGAUUGUGAUGCUAGGCUUGGUGACCCUGAUGCUAAGCUUGGUGAUUGUGAUGCUAGGCCUGGUGACCCUGAUGCUAGGCUUGGUGAUUGUGAUGCUAGGCCUGGUGACCCUGAUGCUAGGCUUGGUGACCCUGAUGCUAGGCUUGGUGACCCUGAUGCUAGGCUUGGUGAUUGUGAUGCUAGGCCUGGUGACCCUGAUGCUAGGCUUGGUGAUUGUGAUGCUAGGCCUGGUGACCCUGAUGCUAGGCUUGGUGAUUGUGAUGCUAGGCCUGGUGACCCUGAUGCUAAGCUUGGUGAUUGUGAUGCUAGGCCUGGUGACCCUGAUGCUAGGCUUGGUGAUUGUGAUGCUAGGCCUGGUGACCCUGAUGCUAGGCUUGGUGACCCUGAUGCUAGGCUUGGUGACCCUGAUGCUAGGCUUGGUGAUUGUGAUGCUAGGCCUGGUGACCCUGAUGCUAGGCUUGGUGAUUGUGAUGCUAGGCCUGGUGACCCUGAUGCUAAGCUUGGUGAUUGUGAUGCUAGGCCUGGUGACCCUGAUGCUAAGCUUGGUGAUUGUGAUGCUAGUCCUGGUGACCCUGAUGCUAAGCUUGGUGAUUGUGAUGCUAGGCCUGGUGACCCUGAUGUUAAGCUUGGUGAUUGUGAUGCUAGGCUUGGUGACCCUGAUGCUAAGCUUGGUGACCCUGAUGCUAGGCUUGGUGACCCUGAUGCUAGGCUUGGUGACCCUGAUGCUAGGCCUGGUGACCCUGAUGCUAAGCUUGGUGAUUGUGAUGCUAGGCUUGGUGACCCUGAUGCUAAGCUUGGUGAUUGUGAUGCUAGGCCUGGUGACCCUGAUGCUAGGCUUGGUAAUUGUGAUGCUAGGCUUGGUGACCCUGAUGCUAAGCUUGGUGAUUGUGAUGCUAGGCUUGGUGACCCUGAUGCUAAGCUUGGUGAUUGUGAUGCUAGGUCGGUUCCCACACCUGGUGACCCUGAUGCUAGGCUUGGUGAUUGUGAUGCUAGCCCUGGUGACCCUGAUGCUAGGCUUGGUGAUUGUGAUGCUAGGCUUGGUGACCCUGAUGCUAAGCUUGGUGAUUGUGAUGCUAGGCUUGGUGACCCUGAUGCUAAGCUUGGUGAUUGUGAUGCUAGGCCUGGUGACCCUGAUGCUAGGCUUGGUGACCCUGAUGCUAGGCUUGGUGACCCUGAUGCUAGGCAUGGUGAUUGUGAUGCUAGGCUUGGUGACCCUGAUGCUAGGCUUGGUGACCCUGAUGCUAAGCUUGGUGAUUGUGAUGCUAGGCUUGGUGACCCUGAUGCUAGGCUUAGUGAUUGUGAUGCUAGGCUUGGUGACCCUGAUGCUAGGCUUGGUGACCCUGAUGCUAAGCUUGGUGAUUGUGAUGCUAGGCCUGGUAACCCUGAUGCUAGGCUUGGUGACCCUGAUGCUAGGCUUGGUGAUUGUGAUGCUAGGCCUGGUGACCCUGAUGCUAGGCUUGGUGACCCUGAUGCUAGGCUUGGUGAUUGUGAUGCUAGGCCUGGUGACCCUGAUGCUAAGCUUGGUGAUUGUGAUGCUAGGCCUGGUGACCCUGAUGCUAGGCUUGGUGACCCUGAUGCUAAGCUUGGUGAUUGUGAUGCUAGGCCUGGUGACCCUGAUGCUAGGCCUGGUGACCCUGAUGCUAGGCUUGGUGACCCUGAUGCUAGGCUUGGUGACCCUGAUGCUAGGCUUGGUGACCCUGAUGCUAGGCCUGGUGACCCUGAUGCUAGGCUUGGUGAUUGUGAUGCUAGGCCUGGUGACCCUGAUGCUAGGCUUGGUGACCCUGAUGCUAGGCUUGGUGACCCUGAUGCUAGGCUUGGUGACCCUGAUGCUAGGCCUGGUGACCCUGAUGCUAGGCUUGGUGAUUGUGAUGCUAGGCCUGGUGACCCUGAUGCUAGGCUUGGUGACCCUGAUGCUAGGCUUGGUGACCCUAAUGCUAGGCUUGGUGACCCUGAUGCUAGGCCUGGUGACCCUGAUGCUAGGCUUGGUGAUUGUGAUGCUAGGCCUGGUGACCCUGAUGCUAGGCUUGGUGACCCUGAUGCUAGGCUUGGUGACCCUGAUGCUAGGCUUGGUGACCCUGAUGCUAGGCCUGGUGACCCUGAUGCUAGGCUUGGUGAUUGUGAUGCUAGGCCUGGUGACCCUGAUGCAAGGCUUGGUGACCCUGAUGCUAGGCUUGGUGACCCUGAUGCUAGGCUUGGUGACCCUGAUGCUAGGCUUGGUGACCCUGAUGCUAGGCUUGGUGACCCUGAUGCUAGGCUUGGUGACACUGAUGCUAGGCUUGGUGACCCUGAUGCUAGGCUUGGUGACCCUGAUGCUAGGCUUGGUGACCCUGAUGCUAGGCUUGGUGACCCUGAUGCUAGGCUUGGUGACCCUGAUGCUAGGCUUGGUGACCCUGAUGCUAGGCUUGGUGACUCUGAUGCUAGGCUUGGUGACUGUGAUGCUAGGCUUGGUGACCCUGAUGCUAGGCUUGGUGACCCUGAUGCUAGGCUUGGUGACUCUAAUGCUAGGCUUGGUGACUGUGAUGCUAGGCUUGGUGACCCUGAUGCUAGGCUUGGUGACCCUGAUGCUAGGCUUGGUGACCCUGAUGCUAGGCUUGGUGACCCUGAUGCUAGGCUUGGUGACCCUGAUGCUAGGCUUGGUGACCCUGAUGCUAGGCCUGGUGACCCUGAUGCUAGGUUUGGUGACCCUGAUGCUAGUCUUGGUGACCCUGAUGCUAGGCUUGGUGACCCUGAUGCUAGGCCUGGUGACUCUGAUGCUAGGCCUGGUGACCCUGAUGCUAGGCCUGGUGACCCUGAUGCUAGGCUUGGUGACUGA